ACCAAUAAAGUGACGAUUUGCGAGACGAAAAGAUAUUUAACAGGGACACUUGGUUCUUUGCCGUGGCGUCCCACGAGGCUAUGUCCCUCGUUGGGGUGCUUCCCGCAAAGUUCCAUCUUCGUCCUUUGUCGAUGUAUCCUCCAAAAUAGUAUUAGACCUUCGCUGAGAGAAACUUCGGACAUUCCGAUCUGCAUUCAUCGGAUAUCGUUUCCUGUUCGACAACUGGACUUAGGAUGCAACAUCCGGUCAGCGAAUGGAAACCACUUUCUUCGCAGAACUUUCUUCUUCUUCUUCUUCUUUGAAAACUACGCGCCGAAAUAUACAAGGACUUCAGCUCUUCGUGACUAUGACGUUUUUGUAAGUUAAAUUGUCUAAUAAACGGGUUAUGUUGUUUAUAAACGAGGCAUCGAUCUCUGACUCAACCGCUCCCACAUGACGUUGACUGUUACCGCUCGGAAGUCCAGACCGCAAUGGAGAAGAUAACGAAAUCACAUAUGAUCGUUAUUUUUUCGUUUUGAAAUCUUCCCCUCGGCCUCCUUACACAGUUUAGUUUUCCUUUCGUGCCACUGAUUCGUAUCAUUCGAAGAACAAAAAUUACAUUUUUCAAUUGUCCGUUAUAUCGAUCGUAACCGAGAAAUGGCGUCAUUUGUCUAUUUCCUGUUUCGUUCCCGAUACAAUCGAAAAUUCGCUACAGCGUACGGAAAAGAAAAUAAUUUAUAAGCAUCACUUAAAGUUUGGAUAUUUUUCGCCAUAAACCGUACCACUUGGUUUCAAUUUCUGUCUAUUACGAAACUUGUAAUGGAAUCGGCAAGUACAAAAAUGGAAAGAACGUCUCGACCUUCCUAUCACUAAGGCAAUUAUUGAAACUUGGGAUUAAAUUUAAACCAUGUUUUUCGUAAUUCAAAAAUUCUUGACCGUAAAUAAGAUCAAAACGUAUUUGGCUUCGCGUAGAAAUUGAACCCACUUCUUUCACCAAUUAAACUGCGUUGUUAGUGGAUUUUUAAUAUUUCGCGAUUUGUGGCGUGUAGUUUUUUCUGUGUGUUCUCUCUCUUCCCGUGGUCACUGAGAGGAGUUUUCUAUACCCAUCCCAUGAUUCAGCUUUUUUACACGUUUUAUAUUCAUACGAGCCUACCUGCUAUAUAGGUCAUGUAGUCUGUAGAUACCGUAAUUCACUUUUGCUUUGACUUUGUCUCGAAUUUUUGGAUUUAUGAAGGUACUCUUUUGAAGUUCUUGCGAAUUUAUGACAUAAAUUCCUCCUCUUUCUAGUUUGAAGUCUAAUGAUUCAUUUAUGUAUUCAACCGUGUUGCAUGUUACGUGGGACGAACAUGCAACACGGUUGAAUACAUAAAUGAAUCAUUGAAAGUUAUAUAUUUGUAGCACGUGAGCAUAUUUGAAGAUAUAACUGGAGGCCAACAUUCAGUGUAGUAAGUAAUGAAAUAGAAUAAAGAUCGGAAUAGGAUUCAAACUCUGAUUCUUAUCAGCAAUAGGACAAAAAAGUGCUAUUUCAACUACGUUUCAUACUUAAAACGCAUGUAUCCUUAUUGCUUACUUGUGUCAUCUUCGAAAAAAAUUUUCAAAUGUCGAAUGCUACGCUUCCAAAUCUUUGCUCGUGACAUCCUGAGGCAUAUUCGGGAAGUAUGAGAAGGGGAAUUAAGAAACUAAGAUUAAAGAAUGGCAUGUUUUAGGCCUAUCUACAAAUAAAAAUUUUACGCGCAAACUUAUUUCGGAUGCUCUCAACAAUAUCUGAACACUCCUUUCAUGAAACCAAUAGGAAAACAUUAAAUUCGGUAAGCAAUCAUAUUUAUAUCUGAAUGUAAUAAUUUAAACACCCAACAUAUAAAUUAGACAAUAAUAAUAAAAAAAAUCCAAGCACGAAGCACGAAUUUUGGAUGUUUCAUGCUUCGUGCUUAUAUUUAACUAAAAAUCUUAUAAUCGAUUCAAAUGACGAACGAGUCAUACCUAGAAAAAUCAACGAUCUACCUACAUCAACUUUAUGCUUAUCUAAUGUAAAUUUGGAAGUACAAUUGAGGUAUAGCUCAAAAAUACGUCUCACAGUUCUAUACGUUAAGAUACUAAACGAGGGCAAAUUCUGGAAGCACUGAUCACGAAAUUGAAACUCAUAAGUGCUUUAGUUUCCAACAAGAAAUAAUUUUCUCAAUAAUUCCAUUUAAAAAAGCAAGAUGGACGCAUCAGUAUUUACCAUAAGAGCCACUAAAAGUUGGGAACUUCGUCGCAGCAAAUGAUAGUAGUAACAGCAUCAACAUUACAACGAAUCGAUCGCUGUUGUUUACAACGAAAUAGUCAUGGUUUCUAUAGAAACAAUUCUCAUUUACUACUUUUCGAUAUAGCCCUUAAUCUUCGUGGUUUCUGCUAAUGGAAAAGUAUAUUAUACGUCACGUUUAGUGAAUAUUUAUGGUAUGCAUCGAGUAGCUCUCAACAAUAUUCACUGUGAAUAUGGAGAAAAAAUAUAAGAAAAAGAAGGGCAUUAAGAAGAAAUUGAGUAAACAGAGUACCGAAGGAGACGAGUCUAAAGAAUCGCAAAAAGAAGAAACCUUGAUACCAUCUGAAAAUCAGAAAAGUGUAGAAGUUGAAGAACAUCCGACAGAAAUUACAGAAAAAGAUGAGAGUGCAAUCAGGGAAAUUCAACUGAAGGAGCUGCACUCAAUCAUAACAGAUCAUGAAACAGUAUCAAAACAAAAUGCAGUUAGAGAAUGGAUUGACAAACAGUGGCAACUGUCUGCAUGGGGAAUGCCAAAUCCUCUAGUUAUGCCAGAAGUAAAUUCGUACAUCAUGGCACAGAGAGAUGAGCAAGAGGAGGAUGCUCUCAUUAUCUUGAAAGAAUGUCGUACUUGUUUACAGGUAUUUCAUGUAAACAUUUAUAGUUUUUCAAAGAUAAAUGCCUUGUUUAUCACCAAAAAUCAAUUUUUAGUUGAUAAAAGAACUAAAUCUGGCCUUAGACAAUGCUCCAGAUAAAACAACUGACAAAGAAAUCAAGUGGAAAGAGGUGUAUCACAGUAUAUUAAUCUAAAUUAUAUUAAUAUAAUAAAUAAUUGUUAUAUUUACACAUUACAGUCUUUGAAAAAUCUUCAAGAUUUGCUGCAACAGAAAAUAGAAAAAACAAUAUAUAGU